UGCCUACUUUCUUCUCCAAAGCAAAAUUGUCUCUUCCUUUCUCUCUGCAGCAAUGGCGCAUAGAACCCUAGAAAUCAACGUAAUCUCCGCCAAAGGUCUCAAAAACGUCAAUCUGAUCGACAAGAUGGACGUUUACUGCAUCAUAUCACUCAAAGGGAGUCCGUCGAAGCAGAAGACGAGAACUCCGGUCCACAAAGAUUGCGGUAAGAAUCCCCACUGGAAUUUCCCCGUCAAGUUCACCGUCGAUGAGUCGUUGGCCAAGAAGAAUAGCUUGAACGUCAAGUUUAAGAUCAUGUGCGAGCGUAUAUUGGGAGACAAAGAGCUGGGAAAAGUUAACGUUCCGGUCCAGGAACUUUUGGAUUCACCCGGCGAAGGUGUCUCGAUGAAAUUCGUUAGCUUCCAGGUGCGGAAGCCUUCGGGUAGAGCCGAAGGGAGUUUGGAUUUUUCCUACAGGUUUGGAGACGCGGUGGCGGCGCCUUUCAAGGCGGAUAAAAACAAGGGUGGCGGUGAUCAUCAUCAGCCCGUUACGGCUUACCCGGCGGGACAUAUGGUGGCUGGGUCGAGUUCUAGUGUUCCCGAAGGUUAUCCGCCGCCGGUCCAUGCUGGGUACGGGUAUACUCCGCCGCCUCAUGUGGCGGCUGGUUAUGGUGGAUAUCCGCCGCAGGGAGUUCCUCCGCCAGGGUAUGGUUACCCGCCUCCACAACAGCCGGGAUAUGGGUACCCGCCGCCGCAGCAGCCCGGGUAUGGGUAUCCUCCUCCCGGGGGAUAUGGGUACCCGCCCGUUCAACAACCGCCGAAGAAGAAUAGCAAGUUUGGAUUGGGAUUGGGAGCUGGGUUGCUUGGAGGCGCGGUUGGUGGAUUGUUGAUCGGAGAUAUGGUUUCCGACGCGGCGGAUUUUGACGGAGGCUACGAUGGCGGCUGUGAUUUCUGAUUUUUUAUAAUUAUUUUUAAUGCAUUUUAUUUU